AUGUUUUUAUUAAAAUCACCAUCAUUACAGCAACAAAAGCAACAGUUAUUGUUUUCCACAAUUAAUUUUUCAUUCUUGACCUCAAACUCAUCAAAUUCAAUAAAGUCAAUAAACUUAUUAAGAACAUCACUAACAAACAAUAAUCUAUAUUUUUCCACAUCUACAAUUUUAUCAUCAAAUAAUGAUUGUAAUGAAUUAGUUAAAGAUGUAAAAGAUAUCAAGAAAAAAGAGCCUGAUAAUCAAAUCAAAAAAAUAUUACCAAAAAAUGAUACACACACAAUUGAUGGAGAAACUGUUAAAUUAAUUCUAAAAAGUAGAUAUUUAACAAGCAUUGUAACAGAACAUUUUUCAUUAACUAUAAGAAAAUGGAAUAAAAAUGAAAAGUUUUUUGGUGAUUUUUCUAAUUAA